AUGACUAUCAAAAGAUUUCAGCCUUCCGACAUGCAGUCCUCUUCUUCAACGGGAGUAGAGCAUGCAGACCUGACAUCCAACUGGGCUGUCCCGCAACCUGGGUUCCAUGUCAUCCAGUCUUUCGAGUUUUGCAGUGGCGAAACGAUGGAAAAUCUUCGACUACAUUAUAAGACAAUUGGAAACCUCAAAAGAGACAGCAAGGGGAGGGCGCUGAAUGUAGUGCUCAUCAUGCACGGCACAGGAGGUUCAAGCGACCAGUUUCUGAACAACCACUUUGCUGGGGAGCUGUUUAAUCCUACGCAACCACUCGAUGCACAAAAGUACUUCAUCAUCCUUCGAGAUGGUAUUGGACAUGGGCAGUCUAGUAAGCCCAGUGAUGGGCUUCGGGCCAGAUUUCCCAAAUACGGGUAUCGCGACAUGGUCAGGGCAGAUUAUGAGCUCUUGAACAAAGGUCUCGGAAUAGAUCACCUUCGUCUAGUCAUGGGAACGUCAAUGGGUGGGAUGCAGUCAUGGCUUUGGGGAGGCAUGUAUCCAAAUUUUAUGGAUGCGAUCCUGCCUCUUGCUUCGCUGCCGACUCAAAUCUCUGGACGGAAUAGGAUGUCUCGCAAAAUGAUCAUUGAUGCCAUCACAUCUGACCCUAACUACCGGGAUGGGGAGUAUUCUGAGCAACCUUUGCUCGGCCUCACGUCCGCUUUGUACAUAUUAACUUGGAUGAGCUCGAUCCCGCUACUGUGGCAGAAGCUUGCACCAGAUCAGAAGUCCGCAGACGACUUCCUCAAUGACAGGAUACAGACUGGAUUAAAAAGCACUGACGCAAAUGACCUACUCUAUCAGGUCGCUUCAUCCGAGGAUUAUGACCCGCGACCUCUGCUGGCCACCAUAAAGGCACCUCUUGUUGCGAUCAACUCGGCUGAUGAUCAGGUGAAUCCUCCGGAGCUACAGAUUUUGGAACAAGGCGUCAAGGCUGUUCUGAAUGGUCGGUCUGUCUUGAUCCCCAUCAGCGACCAUACUCGCGGUCAUGGAUCGCACACAUUUGCAGCAUUAUGGAAGGAUGAGCUCCGAACUCUCUUGGAAGCUACUCAACGAACGGGGUAA